AUGGCCCUCCCUGUUAGCAUGAUUUCUUCUUAUUGCGUUGUUCCAACUUCAGAGUAUGCUGAGACUCUCCGGGAGAGGUACGACUUUCAACCGGAGGACAAAAUACUUGUUCCUUUGGACGGAGCCUCCUUUCUGGAACCUCCUCCGGGAAAGUUCGAUAUCUAUGUCAAGACCUUUGAUUCUUGCUAUCGACUUCCGACCUGUGAUUUUCUCGACGAGGAGGUAAGAUUUCAAGGAAAGAAUCUUCUUUCCAACAAUAUUUUCAUUCCUAAAUGGAAUCUCACUGAUGAGUCUCUCCUCUCCCAACAAGAAGUUGCUGGUGAGUUUUCACGCCACGUUUUCCCCAAGAGGACCAUUACCGAGAUGGAAGCUUUUACCGAAGACCUAAGAAUUGAUUUUAUGGAGUUUCCUUAUGCUCAAAAUGACUUCUUCCUUACCGCGGGAGCUCGUCGCAUUCGUCAUCUCAAAAGUGUGGCUGCUAAGCUUAGUGCAAGUGAAAGGGGUCUCCAGCAACACAACGUUUCUAUGGAAUCCUCAGUGGAGUCUUCUCGCCAACAAUUGGAGUUGCUGGCUGGCGAUAAAAUGACCCUUCAGGAGCAUUGUGCUCAAGUGGAUUCAAAGCUUGAUGAUAACCUUCAGAAGAAUGAGACCUUGAACAUUCGCGUGGAGAGUCUGGAGAUAGAGCUGUUGGAUAGAGAGAAAUUGUUGCAUAACCAUGAGGCAAAGCUAUCUCGUCUUGGGAGAUGUAUCAAGGACAUGUGCUUUUCUGCUGGCGAGGAGUCCGACCGAGAGGCGUUGCACAAGGAGGUGGUUGCCAAAAUGUUUGAUCCUAGUGCUAUCAGUUCCACCUCUAGCCAUUCAAGGGAGAUGGUUGAUGCGACUGACUCGUUCAUUUAUUGUGACUAUGCUUCCAUGAUGAAGUUGGGUUCCCUUGAUAUUAUUGGCCUUCGCCAGUUGUGUGUGGAUGGCGAUCAUGCAGGAGUAGAUCCUAACAACAAUGCCAAGAUCACGGGCUUAGAUGGAGGAGCUGGUAAAUGA